UGUUAUAGUUUUAUUUUGUAAACACAGAUCAACUGCUUUUACUUUUUGCAAUUAUUAUAUCUAAGACAAACUAGUCUUCAACUUCUAAGGUUUAACGUCUUGUAAAUUACCACUAUCCUUUUACAUAAGAUUACUGAGUAGGGGAAUUAUCUUAUAUAGAAUGUUUAGCAUGGACGUAAGAUUUAUGCAAUGUAUGGUGUAAUAUGUAUUUGAAAAUUUACAUCGACUUUUAGACGAUGGACAGUUACUCAUUUGUCCGACCUGGAAAAUUAAAAUUAAAAGGUGAGAAGAAGAAAAAGCACCACAAAAGACAUCACGAAUCGAAACCAAAGGUUGAGAAAACAGAACGUAUUUUGGAAGCAGAUGCUCAUGGUGGCUGGUGGUCUGUGAAAGAAUUCGAUGAAGUGAAGGAUUCAAUAGCAAUACAAGUUUAUGUUGCAACUGAUAAACCGUUGACGACUGAUGGAUUUGAAGCAGCUACACACUCUGGACAGGAUGCUAAUAACAAGGAGUUUACAGGUGCUUGUUACUUAUCAGCUACCGAUGAAGGUUUGGUUGUUAUCGGACCACCAAGGAAGUACGGAGAACCACCAGCUCCAGAAGAGAUUUUCACCGCUAUGCAAGUUUCGGAUACUAAAGUUGCAUUUAAAUCCGGGUACGGUAGAUAUCUUGGUGUUUCUACCAAAUCCGAUGCUAUUUUGGCAGCCACAGCAGAUGCUGUUGGAGUUUUUGAACAAUUCGAACCAAUUUUUCAAGAUGGUCGUAGUGCUAUGUUAGGAGCAAACAAUUGUUUCCUUUCAGCUGAUCCGAUUACGGAUGAUAUUAUAUUCAAAAGUCAACAAGCCAAAACCAAUGAAAUGGUUAUUUUUCGUUCUAAUAAACCUCUUAUCCAUGAUCCUUUAUUGGAUAUACCAGAAGAAGAACGCGAAGGCUUGAAAAAAGCUGAAGUUAAUUAUGUACGUAAAUUCCAAAGUUGGCAAGAUCAAAAGCUUCGUUUAAGCAAAGAAGAUUUCAGUAAUGUAAAGCGCGCUCGUCAUUCUGGCAAUCUGUAUGAAUGUCUACUAGAUCGACGUGAAAAAAUGAAAUCAGAUCGAUACUGUAAAUAA